GGCUGUUACCGGGGCCAAUCUCAGUCAGCUCGCCUUUUCCCGGCGGCCUCUGCGGGAGCGGUGGGUGUUGUACACAAUCAUCAUGGCGGCGGCCGGAGCCCCGGAUGGCAUGGAGGAACCUGGCAUGGACACGGAGGCCGAGACCGUGGCGACCGAGGGGCCCGCGCGGCCCCUCAACUGCUUGGAGGCCGAAGCCGCGGCGGGGGCGGCGGCCGAGGACUCCUGCGCCGCGCGAGGCAGUCUGCAGCCUGCCCCGGCCCAGCCCCCUGGAGACCUCGCGGCCCAGGCCUCGGUCAGCAACGGCGAGGACGCGGGCGGCGGCGCGGACAGGGAGCUGGUGGACCUGAAGAUCAUCUGGAACAAGACUAAGCACGACGUGAAGUUUCCCCUGGAUAGCACAGGCUCCGAGCUAAAACAGAAGAUUCACUCGAUUACAGGUCUCCCGCCUGCCAUGCAGAAAGUCAUGUAUAAGGGACUUGUCCCUGAGGAUAAGACGUUGAGAGAAAUAAAAGUCACCAGUGGAGCCAAGAUCAUGGUGGUUGGCUCCACGAUAAAUGACGUUUUAGCAGUAAACACACCCAAAGAUGCUGCCCAGCAGGACGCAAAGGCCGAAGAGAACAAGAAGGAGCCUCUCUGCAGGCAGAAACAACACAGGAAAGUGUUGGAUAAAGGAAAACCUGAAGAUGUGAUGCCAUCUGUUAAGGGUGCCCAGGAGCGCCUGCCAGCUGUACCCUUAUCUGGCAUGUACAAUAAGUCCGGGGGAAAAGUGAGACUUACCUUUAAGCUAGAACAAGACCAGCUGUGGAUCGGCACUAAAGAUUCCUGGAGGGAACCGAACAUGCCUAAUUCACCUGUUUCUGGCCAGCACUGUAGGUAUUCAGUGUUCGAGGUAAAUGGUAAAGAGAAGUAUAGGGGAUCUCAUCAUCUAAGGUUACUUGGUUUCAGGGACAGGCUAUUUAGUAUGAUUCUGCUUAAAAUGGGACCAAAGUUUUAUGGAAAAUAAUUGGAGUAGGGGUGAUGGGGAGUGAGAUUUUAAUCAUGUGAAAUAUGAAAAUGUUUCUUGUUUUCAAUCCUAUCCUGAUUCUUAAAAUGAACAAAGACUGAAAUGGCCCAAAUGCUUGAGUUUUCUAACAAGUUUAUGAUUCCUUGCUAUAGUCUUCAUUUCACUUUCGACUCUAACUGCAUGGGCAAAGCAAGUUGUGCAUAAUAUUUAAGGGCUUUCCCAGCAUUUCCAGGGGCCUUUCCAGCAGGCCAUUCUCUUCUGCAGAGCCUGUCACAUCAUCAGUUUUUUCUUAAUUGUGAGCUAUCCUGUCUCUGUCAGGUCGUCACUUAUUCAUGACCUUGCAGGUGAUUUUGCUUAGUUCUCCACCAUUGCAUUGACUUGCUGAGAGCCUGCCUCUUCCUAGGCUUGCACUUUCACUCGGCAGCCUAAUGGGAGGCAGGGGCUAAGGAUGCUGGCCCAGAGGGUGGGUGCAUACAGGGGAGCUGGACGAGGACUAAGUGUGUAAGUGUUCGUUGGUUCCUCAGGGAAUGUUUUCAGGUUAUGAAGUUGUAUAGGAAAGAACAUCGUAACUGCAGGAGCUAAAGAGAAUCUCCCACACGUGAGUUAGAGGUUUUAUUUCAGCUUGUAGGAGCAGCUGCCUUUCUGCUUUGGCACAAAGGCAGAGCUCUAGAAGAAUCUUGAUGUAUCAGGGCUUCAGAGCUGUUGAGAGCCACAUUACUCACUAGCCUUGUUAAAGAGCCUGGCCGUGAACAUUCAUGUCUUCAAGGGUUGACCAAGGCCGGGCUUUCCAUUCCCACCCAGACAGCUGUGUCAGUGUACCUCAGGCUUGCUUCUCACUUGGGAGCCCAGGAGUCCUGUCACCUGGGUGUCCUCAGCACUGUCCGAGGAGGACAGCUUGUUCUGGGAGUUGGCUGCCGGCUGCUGGCUUCAUCUUUCUGCUGACGUGACCAUCCCAGCUGCUAGUUGGCCUCUUUUUCGAUGGGAUGCUUCACCGAGUGGCACUCAAGGGCUCCUGCGGUAGCGUGUGUAGAAGGCAGUACCGACAGCCUCAGGCCCAGUAGAGGGAGAAGAAUGAGCUCCAGGCAGGAGCUGGGACCUCUGACCAUGUGGAGCCGCCUCGGGGGAGCGUGUGCCCUGCUCGUAGGGAACUCAAGCCUCUAAUCUAGCUGAUUGCUGUCACUCAGGAAUGUGGGCCCAGGAUUGUUGAAUCUUCUGUGUUUUCAAGAGAAGCCAGAAGUCCAUAUUUUUGCGUGAAAUCUCUGGACAAUUCAAAAUGGCUGGUGUUUUAAAAAGUUUCCGUCUUAAAGAUAAGUGCUGGUCAGGUCCUACCUGUGGGUCACUGUUUUAGAGCCACUGAAAGUCAACAUCUGAAUGAACCUCUUCAGGUCCCAUCUCCUCAUCCCCAUUGUUCAGAGACCAAGGCCCACAGGAUGGAAAUAACAUGUCUCGAGUCACCAACUAGACAACAAGUCAGGGCUCUAAGUUCCUGGUUUGUUUUGUCAACUUCUCCGUUUUCCAGAUUUUGCUUUCUGCAAAGCCUGUAAUGAGUUUUCCAGCUUGGUUUCUCCAUGUGCUGAGAACUCCUCCCUGAGGUGUCUGCUGCUUCUGGGCGGUGGCUUUGUCGUGCAGGUGCCCCCGCCUCUCCUGCCACCAGCCCUGUCCUGCUGCCCUCGGCUCCUCACCUCCAGUCUCAUCUCACUCCAGGCAUCCCUCGCUGCCUCCUCUUUCUUACCUGCCAUCCUUAAACUUGCUGCAAAAUGUCUUCUGACCCCGUGUGAUAAGUGGCAUUUAGAGUGUUAAUC